UUCUCAGUGUAUAUGAUGUAAUUAAUAUAGAGAUCUAAUUUCAUCUCACCACAAAAAGCAAGAUAUGCAUAUACAGUUUCUAACAGAAAGCAGAGUUUUUUUGUUUUUUGUUUUUAAUAAAAUAGAAAGCUGAGUUGACCAUUUUUUGAUAAACUAUAUGCUACAGAAAAAUCCGGAUUUGGUUGCAUAUUUUAAACAAAAAUUUGGUAAUUAGUUUACUUAAAAUUCUUAUUAAUUAGCUAGAUAUGACACAAUGUACACUUGUCACAACCCAAACCCCAAUUCUUCCUUCAUUCCUUAUAUUUCUGAUUAAGUGACAAAACUUGGACGUAACCUUAGUUUGUUAUUCAAUCUUCUAAAUUUUUGUAUAAAUAGUGCAAUAGUACAACUUAACCUCCCACCUUAAUUCAAAAACCCUCCAAAAUUGGACACCCAAAGGGCUCUCUCACUACUCUCAUAUGGCUUUGUGGUUUCUUUACCUCUUGCCUCUUUCUUACAUUGGGGCUGAAGCUGCAAUUUUUACAUUAGAAAACAGAUGCAAGAACACAAUAUGGCCAGGGAUCCUAUCCGGAUCGGGCAAACCUCUUCUAAUGGAUGGUGGGUUGAAGCUAAGACCCGGUCGUACCAUAAACAUAAAUGCACCAAAAGGGUGGUCCGGUAGGUUUUGGGGUCGUCGUUUUUGCUCCUUUGAUCAAUCAGGUAAGGGCAUGUGUGUCACCGGUGACUGCGGUGGCGUGUUAAAGUGUGCUGGAGCAGGAGGUGCACCACCAGCCACGCUUGCUGAGUUCACCCUCGACAGCCCUGUGGAUUUUUAUGAUGUUAGCCUUGUUGAUGGCUAUAACAUGCCUAUUUCUAUAAUCCCGGUAGGUGGUUCGGGAUCCUGCAAGCCAGUUAAGUGUCUUCGGGACUUGAACAAGUACUGCCCAAAUGGCUUGCAGGUGAAGAGGCAAGGUCGUGUUGUUGCAUGCAACAGUGCAUGCAUGGCUUUCAACAAGCCAGAGUAUUGCUGCACAGGUGCAUAUGGUAGUCCCCAGACUUGCAAGCCAACAAGUUAUUCCAGGGUUUUCAAAGCUAUGUGCCCCACGGCUUACAGUUAUGCUUAUGAUGAUCCAACUAGCACUUUUACAUGCAAGGAAGCUAAUUACUUGAUUAGAUUUUGCUAAUUAAACCAUAUGCAAAAUUUAUAAAUUAUUAUAGAGGAUUUAUUGCUAAGAAAUUAUUGCUAUUUCCUGUAUAUAUAUAUAUAUAUCCAUAUAUAUAGUAAUUAUAAGAGCAUAUAUGGGAAAUUGAUUCUCAUGUGUUUAAGUCUCUC